UGAUGAAUGUGCGCCGAAGACGACAACAGAUCAACCACUUUUCAAAACAUUCGACACGUUCAAUCCAAUCUCGGGUCGGAUUUUUUUGAUAACCUUGUGUUAUCGGUGACUCAAAAUUUCGAGUUUCAACAGGGAGAUGGCCCCGCUCACUCGACACUGCUUUGUCACAGUUGGAUCCAUUGCCAGUUUUCGGGCCCUUCUCACCGAGAUCCUGCAGCCCAAAUUUCUUGACGCACUAUGGCUCCAUGACUUUGGUGUAUUGGAAGUCCAGUGUGGACCUGACUAUGACUGGUUCAAAGCCCAGGUGGACAAUCUUCCAGAGGCAGGACCAGACAUGCGGCCGACCAUCCGUUGCUUCGCCUACACCAACAAAAUGAAAGACCACAUGCUCAUGUGCCGAGGUGUUUCUGGUGGCCAAGCAGCUGGCUGCAUUAUCUCCCAUGCUGGUGCUGGAACUGUCAUGGAGGCAAUUCGAUAUGGAGUUCCGCUCAUUGUGGUCCCCAAUUCGACUCUCCUGGACAACCACCAGGCCGAACUCGCUGAAGAAUGUGAGAAGCAGAACUGGGCAGUUUAUGGCAAGAUUGGCCAGCUAGAUGACGCGAUUGACCGCUCCCAGGAGCAGGUCAUACAAGGUCGGAUGGACGAUUUACCACCUUACACGGACCCUCCGUUCCCGGUCCCCGAGGACCAGCGCAUCAACGUUUUCGAUUGGAUGGUGCUGACGUGCUACCCAGCCGAGUUCGACAAGCAGGUCCACCUGGCAGAGCUGGAGGCCCUGUCGCCGGCGCCGGGCUCGGCGGUGGCCGCACAGCCGUCCGACGUCGCUGGUUUGCAAAUGGACUAGGGGUCGAUUUCUCCCGACUGGUGCUUCAGCUCCCCAGCAACUGGCCAACGCGCUAUGUACAUAUACGAGGCAUGAAAAAGGGGGGAGCAUUUGGUGUCUGGAGCUAUGGGCGUUCUCAAAAAGGGAGGAUGAAAUGAUUGGGUUUGUUUGGCUUUGAAUCCCACGAGUUAAGGAGAUACCCCCGCCGAAGGACGGCAAAUGGAAAAGU